AUCACUUGCGGCCGCGCAGUAAUUUUGUUUUUAUCCCUUUGGCUUCUGCGCUAUUAUAUUAUUUUUAGGAUUUUCUUUGAUUUUCCGUCUGUGUGACCGCGUAAUUGCUACAAAAUGCCGAAAGUUGGUUGACAAGUUUGGCUUAAUAAUCCGAUAAUUAAAAAAAAAAAAAUUAGCCAUGGCAACAGAAAUAAGUCAAAGUAAAACUAUAUGCAUUUUGGCAAUAGUAGUAGGAUGUUUCGCAGUUCUAUGGCCAUCCUUAUUCUACCCAAUGCUAAAAGGUUCAUUUACGCCUCACUCUCAUACAGGCUGUUGCAAUCUAUUGUCCAGUACGGACGUGAAUAUUGUUAAGAUAGUAACGGAUAUAUGCGAUCGUAUAGUUGAAAAAAUGGAUAAAAAAACUAAGUUGGAAAAAUGCCAACAGGAAAUUUUCAACACUUGUGCAAUCAACAUAACUGAUUUAAUCAAUGAGAAUAAGGUUGGCGAUAUUUCAUAUAAUAAACGUGUAAUCAACGAGAUUAGAUCUAUUAAUGGAUCUCUGUGUCUAAAAUAUCAUUACGGAGUAUCUUUGACAAGCUUGGGGGUUGCACAUAGACUUAAAGAUUAUGAUCCUUUAUUGAAUCAAAUUCCUCAAGAACGAACUCCUGUUCACUUAAGAGCCUCUAAAAGUUCAAUGCAUCCAGCAUUAAUGGAAAAAGGUCGGGCAAUUCCCCAACCCCAUAUUGGACCUAAAACUGGCAGUCCGAAUCCUCACACUUUUAAACCACCAAUUCCAGGUUCUAGACCGCCAAUGGGAGGUAUGGGUGGUGCUAGCCAUAAAAUUGCUGGAGGAGAUGGUGGUGGUGCGAUGAAUAUACUAAUGCCAAUGUAUACUAUUGGAAUACUUCUUUUUUUCGUGUACACUAUGAUGAAGUUGCUGUCAAAAAAAGACGACAUCGAAGAUAAUACAAAUUAUAAAUAUCCUUCACGUUAUCCUUGUGAUAGAGACAAUAAUUCAAAACUGCAGCCACAGAGUCUUCCUAUAAAAUUAGGAUACACUGAAAAAGAUACAAGGGAUUUAGAAAUAGAUGCGCUCCGUCGUAAGCUGGAAGAAACAGAGGCUGCGAUGGAACGCAUUGUUAAGCAAAUGAUAUUGGCGUCUGAGUGCAAUGGAAUAGAUGGGAAUAAGGAAUCUAAAAAUGAUAAAAUGAACGAAGUGAAAUAUUUGGAAAAUAACGUAUUCAAUGAUAAUGAAAUAGAAGAUGGCGCCAAUAUAAAAAUGUCAACUGAAUAUUCGGCAAGUACAGUAUCCAAUGAUAAUGAUAUAGAUGAUGACGUCAGUAACAAAAUGUCAACUGAAUUAAAAGAAUCGGAAAACAUUUUAUUAUCUUCUGAAUCUAAUGAAACUACAAAUUCUGAAAUUUCCAGUAAAAAAAUAAUUCAAGUAGUGAAUAUGGAAAUAUCAGAAAGUGUUGGUGGUGGUCAUUGUUGGACUCCAACUGAAAAAGAAAAAAUAUCGUCUAAAUUAAAAUCGGUACUUAUUGAGGAACCCGUUUCUUUGAUUAUUCCUGGUAUGAUUCCAAAGAAUUCUCAAGUUUUAAUAAGCGAUGGUCCACACAAUACUCCUUCAGAAACCGAGGAUCACGAAGCAGUCAUUUCAAGCAAAGUCACUUUAUCAUUAAUACCUGAUGAUCGAGUUGAAGAAUAUCUAACAAGUGACGAAGGAGAAGGUAAUAAUACUACUUCAACACUAUCAAACAUUACCUGAAGUUGUUUAAUAUCAAUAUAUAAUAACGUAUGAUAUUUCGUAAAAUAAAUAUUUAUUAAUUACGAUUAAAUAUGUUACUAAUGUUACACGUACUACUAUAAAAUAGGUAAUAGUCAAGGAUUUAAUUGAGAAUGUAUAAAAAUGAAAGAUGAAUGAAUAAUAAGAAAUGUUUUUUAACUGCACAUAUUUUAUAAUGCACUUUUUUGGAGUAUAGGUACUAUUUUAAUAUAAUCGUUCCAAAUAUCGUUUGUAAGCGAAUUAA